AUGGACGGCGUGACAACGGAUCAGAUGCUGCGACUUGCCGAGCAAACAAAAAUGCUUCAUUUAACGCAGGAAAUCAAGAAACUCGCGGAGAAAUCGCUACCCCAGUUUAAUGAAGUGCCCCAAUUGAACCUAUUGCCCCUAUUGACGAGCCUACCAUCGACAUCCGUCAUUCCCGGGCUCGAUCUCCCAUUUCUGAACCCAAAUCCGAAUCUAUUGCAAAUUUUGCUCAAUCAAAUGUCGGCUUUCAACUUCGCGCAAUCGUCCCUCAUCCAGUCGAGCGUCAUCGAGGUCAAUCCAGCACAUGAGACAUCUCGAAGACGUCGUUUGGCAAGUGAAAGCACGAUAAAGAAGCAAGAAUCGAUGGAUGACGAUCAAGAGACGUUCAUUGCGAGUAGUGAAAAAGAAGGCUGGUGUCGAAACAAGAAAUACAUCGAGAAGACCGAGAACGGUUUCAUGUGCACUGUUUGUAAGAAAGUUUACGGUCGUUACAACUCGGUUUCCUAUCAUGUGACGAUCUAUCACCGAAAUCCGCCAAUCAAAUGCGAUAUGGGCGAUUGCCAGUUUGCCACCAGGGAAGCAAGAUACAUCCACUUUCAUAAAUACUACCGUCAUGGCGUCCCAUUGCCGGAAAGUAUCGAUCAAGGUUCGCGAAAAUGUCCCCAUUGCAAACAUGUGUCGAAGAGCCCAGCCAUGCUCGAGAAGCACAUUCGCCGACAUUUGCAAGACAGGCCUUCAUCAGUCAGCAGCCCAUCGAUGGCCUCGUUGCUCGUCGAUAUUGAGUCUCGACCGAGAGCCAUCUCCGAGCUGAUUCCACCACUUGAACCAGUGAUCGACGUUUGUGAAGAAGAGGAAAAAGAACACGAAAUUCAAACCGUUUCCAAUGAGGAACAAUAUGAAACAAAAAGUCGAGCUUUUACUCUU